AUGUCAGGGCCGGCAGGGGGUGGACAAGGGGCAUUCGAGGACGACGAGCGAGCCAGCACCAUUGUCGGCUCAGAGGACGGAUUUCGACUAAGGGAGGAACCGGCCUGCGAAAUGGACGACUCCGAGGCCGACAACCUCCUGGGUGCUGGCACCCAGAACGAGGACACGAGGAGCAGACCUCAAUCGGGCGUCUGGGAAGGCGCAGAUGACUUCGUCGGCGAGCCGUGGUAUCGGCAACCUUCUGUGUAUUGGCUGGUCGGGCCAUACAUGCUGUUCACUCUGGCGUUUGGAGGAUCGAUUGUGCCAAAAUUGAACUUGAUCGUCGACCUGGUGUGCAAACGGUACUUUGCUGACCGGACGCUCCAUGAUCCGUCAUUCAUCGCCGCACCCGUAGUACCGGGAGCCGAGAACCCGCAGUGCAAGACACCCGAGGUCCAGCGCCAUGUCGCGACCUUCAUGCUGGUCCUCAGUGUCAUCACCGGCGUUCUCAGCUCUUUUUCUGCGCCAAAACUAGGGUCCUUGUCGGACCGCUACGGCCGCAAGUACCUGCUGGCCCUUACCUCGUGCGGAGGUGUCCUCGGCGAGGUUGUCAUCAUUCUCGCCGGAAAGUACCCUGACGUGUUCCACUACCGAUGGAUCAUCCUCGGCGCGAUCUUCGAUGGCUUGUCGGGCUCUUUCACGGCCGGAAGCCUGCUCGGCCACUCGUAUGUGAGCGACUGUACGCCGCCCUCUAAGCGCGGUGUCGCCAUCGGCUACCUGCAUGCGUGCCUGUUCACUGGACUGGCAUUCGGACCUCUGAUGGCUGGCUACUUUGUCAGAUGGACAGGCUCUCUACUCUCCAUCUUCUACAUCACUCUCGGGUGCCACCUCUUUUUCAUCCUCUUCAUCGCGCUCAUCCUACCGGAGUCUCUCUCCAGGAAGCGCCAGCGUCUCGCUCGAGACAAGCACAGCCAGGAACAGGAGUCGCUGAACGAAGGAUUGAUCCGCCUUGGAGGUGCCCCUGGAGACGAGCAAUUUUGGCUGUACACCCUCUGGGCGGCUGCGCGCAAGUCGAACCCUUUUGCGCCUCUCAAGAUACUGGUCCCUAGUGGUCCCGGAGCAUCUCGGGUCCGCCGCAACCUCCUUCUGUAUGCUGCCAUCGACACUAUCCUGCUCGGUGCGGCCAUGAGCUCCGGUCAGGUCACGCUGCUCUACAGCGAGUUUAUGUUCGACUGGGGCAACUUUGAGACGUCGCGCUUCAUAUCUCUCGUCUCCAUGGUGCGGGUGUUUGUACUGAUGGCCAUCUUCCCCGUCGUGAACUACUACUUCCGCGUCCGGCCUGCCCGCCGACUGCGGCUCGAGACCGGCGUCCGACCUGGCGAGAGGAAUGCAGGCGCAGACAAGCUUGACGUGUGGCUGCUCCGGUUUGCCAUCUUCUCCGACAUCAUUGGCGUUGCCGGCUACAUCUUUGUCCGGACUCCUGCUCUCUUCGUGCUCUGCGGUGUCAUCACCGCCUUUGGUGGUCUGGGCUCGGCCACGAUCCAGGCUUCUCUCUCCAAGCACGUCCCUUCGCAGAUGCUCGGGCAGCUGCUCGGAGCUAUCGGCCUGCUGCACGCGCUCUCGAGGGUCUUUGCGCCGAUUCUGUUCAACGGUCUGUAUGCUGCGACGGUGGGCCACUUCUCGCAGGCCAUUUUCGUGCUGCUCACUGUGCUGUUCUGCUUCUUGCUCCUGUUCUCCUUCUUUAUCAGGCCGCAUGUCUACCUGAAGGAGGAAGACAUAGUUUCGGCCGCACCGCGCAGCAGUCCAGAGGAGGACAACUUGGUGAGCGAUGAGACGCUCACUGACGAUGAGAUCAUCCCUCGGAUCUAG